GGAUGCGGACGUCAACAACACAAACAUUCAUUGUUUUCCCCCGGUUGUUUCUUGCCGCUGCACGCAAUCGAUAAAACAAUAUUCCGAUAAUUUAGGUUCCUUUGCUGACCUCGACCUGCCCGCAGCCGGGUCGCAGUAAUGGCGUCCUCGUCGAACGUUGGCAGUGGCAAUUUGGUGGACGAACUCGAGGAAGCAUUUCAGUCGUGUAUUCACGCGCUAACGAAGGAAGAAUCGGCCACUGGAAUCGACAAGGAUGAAAUCAAGGUAGAGGUGGAUCAAACCACGCUCAAGUUCAUCGAUCUCGCCCGGCAGAUGGAAGCGUUCUUUCUGCAGAAGCGGUUUCUGCUGUCCGCCCUCAAACCGGAUCUGCUGCUGAAGGAGGAAAACUUCGACCUAAAGCAAGAAAUCGGCCGAAAGGAUGAGCUGAUACGCAAGCAUUACGAGAAGAUUGAGUCCUGGAAGCAGCUGCUCUCGGAUCAGCAGAACUUUAACAAACCGAUCCAAUCGAUGCCGCCGGACAUGCGUGGCAAUCUGGCCGGUGGUGCACCCGGUGGUGGCCCUGCCGGGAUGAUGGCAAGCGGCGGCAUGAACCUGCCCAUGCAGAUGCAGAGCCAGCAUCAGCAGCAGCAAAUGCAGCAGAUGCAGGUGCAGCAGCAACAGAUGCAACAGCAAAUGCAGCAAUCGAUGCCGAUGGGCGCCUCCAAUGCGCAAAUGUUUCAGCAGGGUGGCAUCCCGCGGGGCGUCGGACAGGCGGGUGGGGGCCCCGGUUUCCCCCCGGGCGCUGGUCCGAAUCUUCAGGGCCCGCUGGCUUACUUGGAGAAAACGGCUAGCAAUAUAGGUGAGCCAACUGUCCGGAUCGGUCCUACUGGUGGUGUACGCGGGUUUAGGAGACGGGCGGUGGACUUAACGCAAUUCUCGAUGCUACUUCUACUUCCAGAUCUAGUGGGCCUGGGAGACGGUCGAAGGUGACGCGGGCGGGGCAGGGGACGCGGUAGAGGUCGAGGCCGUGGAAGAGGCCGUGGACGAGGUAGCGUGUCCGAGUUUCACAGCGGCUCACUCACCUGAGACUGGCGCGAGCGGUGGCGCUUCGUGCCCUCCCCUCCCCUCUCACGCUCUGAGUUCGAUUGCUUCUUCGUCUACCGUUUCGUUGUAUGGUUAAGGCCCUCGACAGACAUCAACCGUUGGCGAUAACACAGCUAGGAAAGAAGUUAAGGCAUCAAAGAAAGUACAGCAACAGUGCAGCAGUAUUUAGCAGCGAAAACAAAAACAAAAUCAAAAAGGUUUCCCCUUACAAAUUACAGCAACUACUAGGCAAAUCAGCAAACCGUACUUCUACGGGUAAACGCGUUCGUCGGUAAAAAAAAAGCAGAGAGCCAGACAACGUGUAACACCCAACGAGCUCACCCGCAAACCUACCAGCACGUUUGGCAUACACCCACCAGCAAACAUUCCUCGUUGAUCACUUGCGCCAAAAUUGUCCCUCUUUGUUAUCUCCAUCGCUCCCCGGUCCCUGUAAUUAUGGUGUACAAAAAUCAAAACUAACACACAUACUAAACGGCGCUUUUCCCCCGGCGCUUUCACGUGCCACAGAGGACAGCGCCCUUUUUCUUCCGUUUUCUUAAGUAUAAAACAUGUAUAGGAAAAGGACUAUUAUCAGCAAAAGAAGAUAAUAUAGCGAUCGUGCCUUGGCAUUUGCAAUGAUCGUAUGUAAAAUGUGUGCUCGCUUUCUAAUCGAUCUGUUUCUUUCCCCCCCUUCCUCGCGCAAUAGGACGGAUCGCUCGCGUCGUGUUGACAGAUUUCCUUAAAACACGAUUUUUUCCUUUUAACCUUCAUUCAACUUUCCCCCAAAUUAUUCGAAUGUAGUGUUUCGUUCUGUUUCCCCGUUUUUUGGUCCACCCGUUCCGGAGUCUUUAGGACGAUCCUCGGGGUGUAGAUCGCAAGAGAUGCGCUGCGAAAUGGAAAAUAGAACCAACGGGUUUCACUGCUUCCUAAAACCCUUAGCACGAACAAGAACAUGGAACAAGCCAAAAUAAUAAAGGAGUCGGAAAUGA